GCUCGUAUAUUCAACGGCUUGCUUGAGUCGUCCAUGGACAUGUCUGCAGAUUCCCUCAUCCUCAAAGCAUCUCGCAGCCGCGUGACGCUCCUCAGGCUGUUCCAGCGCUUCCUCAUACGUCCGUCACAUGCGAGUCAUUCGCGCGCAGCUCCGUGAUCAGAGGGUGACGUCGGUUGUUGAAUGAGGAAGGCGCGCGAGAUCUUGGCGCACGCCAAGCCAAAAGCAAUACAACGCAGAGUUUGACGUUGGUGUCGUUCGUCGUCCUACAACAACAUCACCAGUCAAGAGUGCCACAGCCGCCACGAUGAGUGGCAUUCCCGGCACCUGCUUGAGGUGUUUGCAUAGCGAUAGACGGUGUGACGUUGACAAUACCGGACGGCCCUGCAGUAAUUGUCAGAAUUACUGCAGGCAGAACAACCUGGAAGUACAUGAAAGGAACUGCACCAUUGUGAAGAAUCCAGUGGGAUUCCUGCAGAGAGACAAGAAGAUAGCGGCACCGAUGAUGCGGGCCUUCUAUCACCAGCGAUCACUUGAAGCGUAUCAGGACUUGCAGAAUGACAGCAACCCGCAGAUGAACCAGCAAGACCAGGAAGCGGAUCAAGACCAGCGAAACCAGUCCACGAACCUGUAUCGCUUUGGGCACCAUCCGCCACAUGGGUUCAACAUGCCUGGAUACCAGAUGAAUCCGAUAAUGGCGCAAGGCAUGGGGCCGUUAGCACCCUUUGCCCCGGUCCCGGACGUGAGCAAGUCUACCAGAAGAGCGAGGCUCCAGCGCGAGAGAAAGCGCAACCAGAAAGAAGCCGAACGCAAGGCUACCCAGAACGACUUGGAGCAGCAGUUGAGCUGGGAGCGAGAGGAGAGACUUCGCGUGGAGCGGGAGAACCAGAAACUAAUCGACAGCUUGAAGCGGUCCAACCGGAGUAGAAGUCCUUCGGUCGAGAAACCAGCGAAGGCACGGCGGCGUGACUAUGACGACCGGCCGUCGCAUGACCCUCACGGACCAUAUGAGUACCCGCGGUCGCACGUCGGUCCGUACCCGUACCAGUUCCAUGACCCAUAUUACGGGCCGGCAUACCAGCAACUGGCAUACCAGCAACCAGCAUAUCAUCAACCAGCAUAUUACCAGCCAGCAUACCAGCCACCAGCAUAUGCCGGGAACAACCCUUAUGACCGCCAGGCUUAUGCUUGGCCGGGCCCGCCGAUACCGCCGGUGUCGCCAGUGCCGCCGUUGCCGCCGAUGCUAUCGAUGCCGCCGCGGCAGCCGCAGCUUGACCAGAGGCGACAUGCUCCUGCCUCUGCGCCGCAAGGUCGCGGGCGGCGUGAUGGCCCGGCUGCGGAGUAUGCCCCUCCAAGAAGCAUGCUCGACCGGAUGGAUUUCAAUGACUGGCGCUCGAACAUGAUCGCAAAUGGACCAGCUCGAUCAAGCCGCGAACCUCUGACUGCCGACGAAGCUUCGCCACCUGUACAAGCCCUGCCACCUGUACGAGCUUCGCCACCUGUCCAAGCCCUGCCACCUCUACGAGCUCCACCACCUGACCAAGUUCCACCACCUGACCAAGUUCCGUUACCCAGCCAAGCUCUACCACUCGACCAACCUCCACCACCUGACCAAGGUUCUGUGCUCAGCCAAGUUGUGGGCUCUGGGGUCGUUUCGAAUGAGGAAAUAGCUGCUGGCAUUGCAGCUCUAGCCGCGGAAGCCGGUGACGAUGCCGGGAAGGCGUCCGUUGAUUCUUAGAAUCUUCGAGACGACUUCCAGGCAACGCGUGAUGUCUUCAUUCUUUCUGUUGAUACCUGCAUGAUGACCAUUGGUUGGUCAACUGCAGAGUAAUGUUGCCGAAGCUUGCCGUGAUGUUACGUAUGACGCCCGUCUCUUCGCUUUGAAGGACCAGUGACAAAGAUUGCAACUC